AGCUGUUGGGCUGGGACUGGCUUGCCAAAGAGGGCAGCUGCCAAAGAGGGCAGCUGGUGGCAUGGAGGUGGGCCACUUGCAGGUCUACAUUUGGUGGAGGUCUGGCUGAUAGCCUCACGGAACCCCCACCUGUGUGCCAGAGGGUCCUCUCCGUUGGGCCCUUCAGAAUCAGGAGGUGAAGGAGGUCUGGGGGCCCUGGGGAGGGGAUGGCCAUGCCUCCCCCAGACUGAGGGGUCUCUCCUCCUUGGCCCGGCAGGUCUGUGGGGCCUGGUGAACAAUGCUGGCGUGGCCUCUUUUGGGAACGUGGAAUUCACCAGCCUGGAGAGGUACCAGCAAGUGGCUGAGGUCAACCUGUGGGGGACCGUCCGAGUGACCAAGGCCUUCCUGCCCCUCAUCCGCAAGGCCAGAGGUCGGGUGGUCAAUGUGACCAGCAUGUUGGGCCGAGUGGCCAGCCCUCUGCGCUCCUCCUACUGUAUCUCCAAGUUCGGACUAGAGGCCUUCACCGACUGCCUGCGCCAGGAGAUGUACCCCUGGGGUGUCUCUGUGGUGGCCAUCGAGCCCAGCAACUUCAUCGCAGCCACUGGCAUCCUAACUGCGCAUGGCGUGGAGGCCGCGGCCCAGCAGAUGUGGGGCGAGGCAGGCGAGAGCGUCCGUGCCGACUACGGGGGGCAGGCCUGCUUCCAGCGGCAGGUGGACCAGAUGAAGGCCUUUGUCCACAGCGGCCUGAGGGACAUCUCCCCUGUUCUGGAGGACAUCACAGACGCCCUCAGUGCCCGCUUCCCCUAUGCCCGCUACAACCCCAUGGAGGCCCACUGGUGGGUGCGGCUGCAGGCCGUGACCCACCUGCCCACCAUGCUGACUGACUGGCUAUACGUCAAGUAGCCCUCCUGAGGAGGCAGAAAGGUCGCACUUGGAGGCCCUAAACACCCCUACAAGCCUCCAGGUCAUCUCCCACACUGUUUUUCCAAACUGGGCAUUGGGCAGAGAAUAUGGGCCCACAGAAAUAUCCCUUGGGGAGGGCUCCUUUGUCUCUGAGGAGAUGGAUGUCCCAAUGUCACAGGGCUGGGAAAGGACAGUAAGGGGACUCUUCCAAUGGGUUGAAAGCAUCAGCCAGUUUCACCUUCACACGGGUCACACUCUCAUGCUGAUAAUAAUAAAGAAACAGCUUUCAGAUUCUGAAA